AGGGGCGGGGCUCACCAAGGCCACUCACAACUGACCUGUAUAUAAAGUGAAGGCUUCAGACUUCCUCGCCAGACGUGGACAACGCUCUGAUCAGCACUCGACCAUCAGCAUGAGAAUACUGGUGUUGGUGGCUAUAGUGGGCGUGUGCAGCGCUGCGCCCCAGUUCGUACCCGCCCCUCCCGGCCUGCUGGAGUUUGGUGUGGACGCUGAAGGCUGCACGGUGGGGCCCUCUGGCAAGGUCUGCCCAUCUGGGCCCGUCCAGUUUACCAGUGCGGCUCAAGGCGUACCCCAGCCAUUCCAGCCUGCCCCGCCGCGCCCCGCUGCGCCUCACCAUGCCCCGGCUGGGACAGCCUUCACUGGGCUGGUGGGUCCCUCAGGAGUGAUUGGGCCCUCCGGUCUGGUGGGCCCCUCGGGACCCGUCGCCUUCGGCAAGUAGGAUCACGACUCUAAUUCAAGUCUCUGAACUUAUGUAAGGAAAUUGUACAAAUAAAUUGUUAUUGUUU